CAAAACUGAAGGACGACUUCUCUGGAAGACGAGAACAAGAAGAAGAGCGUCAUCCAGAAUUCUCGAGGUCGAGAGCUAAGCAAUGUCCUGCUUGUUUUCGUGCUGUGCAUCUCUCACAUGCGGUCUCUGCUCCUCUGUUGCUUCCGGAAUCUCCAGAAGCUCCGCUAGACUUGCUUAUUGUGGCCUUUUCGGCGUCUCCUUGGUCACUUCAUGGAUUCUCAGAGAGUUUGGAGCUCCUCUGAUGGAGAAGAUGUCAUGGAUAAAAACUGAGGCACAACCAGAGGAAUGGUUUCAAAUGCAAGCAGUUCUUCGUGUGAGCUUAGGAAAUUUCUUGUUUUUUGCUAUAUUUGCCCUCAUAAUGAUUGGUGUAAAAGACCAAAACGACAGACGUGAUGCAUGGCAUCAUGGAGGAUGGAUGGCUAAGAUGGUGAUCUGGAUUUUGUUAGUCGUCCUCAUGUUUUUCCUUCCAAAUGUUGUCUUCUCAAUAUAUGGAGUUCUAUCCAUAUUUGGGGCUGGGUUGUUUUUAUUGGUUCAAGUGAUUCUCUUACUUGACUUUACACACUCGUGGAAUGACUCCUGGGUCGAGAAGGAUGAACGGAAAUGGUAUAUUGCUCUUCUUGUGGUAUCAAUUGGUUGCUACCUUGCCGCAUUCGCUAUCCCGGGACUUUUGUUUAUUUGGUUCAAUCCCUCAGGCCAUGACUGUGGCCUCAAUGUCUUCUUCCUAGUCAUGACCAUGAUUCUUGCAUUUGUAUUUGCUGUAAUUGCUUUGCACCCAGCGGUAAAUGGAAGUCUAUUGCCUGCUUCUGUGAUAUCAGUUUACUGCGCAUAUGUGUGCUAUACUGGUCUUUCUAGUGAACCACGUGACUACGUGUGCAAUGGUCUUCAUACAAAAUCUAAAGCAGUCUCCGUUGGUACCCUUGUCCUUGGAAUGCUCACAACCGUCCUCUCUGUUAUUUAUUCUGCUCUUCGUGCUGGAUCUUCGACAACAUUUCUUUCUCCCCCAUCUUCACCAAGAGCAGGUGGGAGUAAACCUCUUCUUGAAGCAGAAGACUUGGAGGAUGGAAAGAACAAAAAAACAGGAGAGGGACAGCCUGUCAGUUACUCCUAUACAUUCUUCCACCUCAUAUUUGCUCUUGCAAGCAUGUACUCAGCCAUGCUACUUUCAGGCUGGACUAGCCUGAACGAGAGCUCGGACCUCAUAGACGUUGGCUGGACGUCAGUUUGGGUACGUAUUGGCACAGAGUGGGUCACUGCUGCUCUAUAUAUUUGGUCACUCAUCGCCCCUCUCCUUCUCCCCGAUCGCGAGUUCUUUUAGGUCUGUCAUUUCAUUCCGAGUGUAUAUUUAGCAUACUAGUAUAUAUUUCUAUAACUCUAAGCUGCUGGGAACAGGAAGAACAUCAGCCUAUUGGGUCUCUAAGAAAAAAAAGUAUAGCAAAAAAAAAGUGUUGUAUAGUUGAAUCUUAAAUUCUGUGUAGUUGUGGACUGUCCACAAAAAUAUCCAUAUAUUGUAUUAAGUUUUUGUUUCUAUUGUUUGUUUUGAAC